AGCGGAAACAGUUUGGAGAUCAGGUAAAGACAGAGCGGUUGCAUCAACCAGCUGCAGUAGCUGGUAAAGGUUGCCAGACUGAGCGCCAUGGCUGACGAAGUAGCCAAGGCGCAAACUGCACAACCCGGAGGAGAUACAAUUUUCGGCAAAAUAAUUCGGAAGGAGAUUCCUGCUAAUAUAAUAUAUGAAGAUGACCAGUGCAUAGCCUUCCAUGACGUGGCUCCGCAGGCUCCUACUCAUUUUUUAGUAGUCCCCAGAAAACCCAUUCCCCAGAUCUCGAAAGCUGAGGACAGCGAUGCAGCACUUCUUGGACAUUUGAUGCUUGUUGGCAAGAAGUGUGCUGAGCAGGUGGGAUUGCCCAAUGGCUACCGAAUGGUGGUGAAUGAAGGCCCUCAUGGGGGUCAGUCUGUAUACCACGUCCACCUUCAUGUUCUGGGUGGCCGUCAGCUGGGCUGGCCUCCAGGCUAAGCGCCCCAAUCCUGAUCUCCAUGUCAUUCAUUUCAGCAGUAGCCAGAGAGUUGUGGUGUUUGUCAAUAUCACCAUGCUAAGUUCUGUAAUGCGGUGUUAAUCAAAAGGAUGUAACAGGGAAAACAAUAAAUGCACUUACCAACUAUCA